UUGAGUGGGUAUGGGGAAGUGUAAGAGGAAAUGAAGUAUGAGUAUGAGAAGUUGGAUGAUGAGGCGCAAGGGAAUGGCGAUACUUGUGCCACCCAACCCUAUUCCUUCCAUAAUCACUUCCUUCCCUCGCUCUUUCACCACCCUAACUACGCCGUUUCUCACUACUUCCCGCCGCCUAACCCUUUCAGCUCCAUCUUCUUCCUCUUCUUCUCAUUACCACUUCUCUGAUUUUGAUGCAGGAGAAGGCGACUGCGUUGCAAAUGCAAUUCCAUGGAAUGGUUCUAAGGUGCUUCUUAAAGGGAUGACUUAUACUCAACUCCAAAAAUGGGUUCAAUCUCAUGGAUACAGACCCGGGCAGGCAAUGAUGUUAUGGAAGCGUAUGUAUGGAAACGAUAUUUGGGCUUUUCAUACUGAUGAACUGGAAGGUUUGAACAAAGAUUUCAAGAAGAUGCUGAGUGAAAAAGCUGAGUUCAGGGCACUCUCUUUGAAAGAAAUUCGCACAGCGGCUGAUGGAACUAGGAAGAUUUUGUUCGCAUUGGAUGAUGGGAUGGUUGUAGAAACAGUUGUCAUACCUUGCGAUAGAGGCAGGACCACUGUGUGUGUUUCAAGUCAAGUUGGUUGUGCCAUGAAUUGCCAAUUUUGCUAUACUGGAAGAAUGGGUCUCAGGAGACACCUUACUGCUGCAGAAAUAGUAGAACAGGCAGUUUUUGCCCGCCGAAUGCUUACCAGUGAAGUUGGUUCCAUCACUAAUGUUGUCUUUAUGGGAAUGGGAGAACCACUACAUAACAUUGAUAAUGUCAUUAAAGCUGCAGAUAUUAUGGUGGAUGAGCAAGGGCUUCAAUUCAGUCCCCGCAAGGUCACUAUUUCUACCAGUGGGCUUGUUCCACAGCUCAGACGUUUCCUUCAUGAAUCCAAGUGUGCUUUAGCUGUUAGUUUGAAUGCCACCACUGAUGAGGUAAGAAAUUGGAUCAUGCCUAUAAAUCGGAAGUAUAAGUUGGACUUGCUUCUGGGUACUCUUCGGGAGGAGCUUUGCUCGAAACGCAACUAUAAAGUUCUUUUUGAGUAUGUAAUGCUUGAAGGAAUUAAUGACAGUGAUGACGAUGCAAAGAGGCUAAUUGAGCUUGUGAAGGGAAUUCCAUGCAAGAUCAAUCUCAUCUCAUUCAACCCGCAUAGUGGAUCAUUCUUCAGACCAACUAAAGAGGAGAGGAUGAUUGAGUUCCGGAACACAUUGGCCAGUGGAGGGUGCACAGUCUUCUUGCGGCUCAGUCGAGGCGACGAUCAGAUGGCUGCCUGUGGUCAGUUAGGCAAGCCCGGCACCAUUCAGGCACCGUUGCUCCGCGUACCACAGCAGUUCCAAAUGGCCAUUGGAAAUUCAGCUUGAUUCUUUACAUAUAGGUGUGGCUACAAAUUUGUCCAACAGUUAUUAGAUGAAUCCCAUAUGGACUUGACAUUGAGAAAGCAAAAUUUGUUUAGAACUAGCUAGUCGGAUUGUUAUAUUUAUCUAUUUCCAUAUUGGAAAUCCCUACUGUUCACAAUAAUUUGAUAUAUGAUAUAUGAUAUCUUUGGUCAA